AUGGUCGAAUUAAAAGGGCCAGGUUACACAAGUCAUUCAUAUAAUAAUGUAUUAAUUAUUAUUACAGCGAUUAUUAUUGCUACUUUUAUUGGAUUUAUUGUUUAUCGUUUAGUGAAUAAUCUGAUGUUAAAAAAACGUCAAAAACAAGAAAAAGCUCGAUUAAAACAACAAAAAAAACUUGAUAAACAAACGUCAGUUUCCAAAAAAAAACAAAAAUAA